AUGAACUUGUCCUUACAGGCGGUCUCCGACUGGGGCGAUGCCAAUCUGGUCAAGUUCAAUGCGUCUAAGACCCAGGCGUGUCUGUUCUCCGCUAAACGGAGUCCAUUCCACCUGACUCCGAAUUUCCAAGGUGUGUCCGUGCCGAUAACUAACCACCUCGAGCUUCUUGGUAUCACCUUAACGCCUACUCUGAACUUUGGUUCCUUCAUUGAAUCUAAAGCCCAAGUAGCCUCAAAAAAGCUUGGAAUUCUGGCGAAGGUGAGACAAUAUUUCAGCCCGGGACAGUUGCUCAACCUUUAUCAAGCACAAGUCCGAUCGUGCAUGGAAUACUGUUCUCACCUCUGGGACGGUUCCGCCAAGUACCAGCUGGAGGCGCUUGAGGCGAUAGAGAGGCGUGCCAAGAGGCUCAUAAACGACAAUGACCUAGUAGGCAAAAAGCUCCAGAGCCUCGGUCACCGCCGCAGAGUGGCCAGCUUAUCGGUCUUCUAUCGGAUACACUUUGGAGAGUGCGCUGCGGAACUGCACGAUCUCUUAGAUUCAGAUGAACUAAAAAAGCUAGCACUCUCUGACAGCAACACAUAG